AUGAAAUUCUUGCCUUUUCAUGUUGCAAUUGCUCAGGCAGCUUACGUAAAUCAAACUCAUAAUUACCCGGAUUUCUUUGAUCCCUCAAUUCUACCAGAGGGAUUUAGCGAUGAUGUGGCGCUGGCUAAGUGGCUUGAAGGGAUGAAAUUUCAACGUGAAAUGAUGGAAUUAGAAAAAGCAAAACACGUACCAAAAGGUAAGCAAAUCGACUGGCGAUGUGAGGAGAUUUCGUUUUCGAUGGAUGGGAGAGAUCGAUGUCAGUUUGAUGCGGAAACAACCCUCUGCAAUUGCGCGGAGCUGCGAGCAAACAAAAGACUCGUCCGGUACUCACUUCCUUCUCACUCAGAUCUCGACGAUGGAGAUGGCAUUCCCGUAGUCAUGAUUUACCACGGCUGGACAGUUAGCUCGAUCACUUCUUUUCGAACAGAAGAUGACUACUAUUGUCAGAAUAAUAAACUUUCUCGCGGCCUCCACGGAUAUAAAUUCAACCUGAACAAAAUCCACGCAGCUGGACUCAGCUCUGGAGGUUUCAUGACCAGCAGAAUGGGCUUUUCCUAUCCUGGCAUGUUCAGCUCCCUCUCCAUCAAUGCUGGCUCUUACUACAACUGCGAUGGCAUUUGCGACAAGUACUUGGAUGAAUUCGAAAAGAGAUUAAUUGAUCUGCAUCCUCCCACUCAAAUCUUACAGGGAAGCACAGAUCCUGUCGUAAUUCCAAGCGCAAACGUUGACUACGAUCGCGAGCUCAACAGAAGAGAUUGGAUCCCAAAUCGAAGGAUUCUGCGGGAUCGAGUUGGACAUAGAUGGCUUGACGAGUCUCCGGAGCUCAUCCUCGAUUGGAUAAAUACCCACAACUAA